CCCUGGAAGCAGACACACACAAACCAGUCCGCUUUGCGCCCGCUGCAGGGUUCACAACUUCAUCCAGCGGAAUGUUCGCAAAAUCCACCGUCCGCUGUGCGUUUUAAAUGGGAAAGUCCUCUUUCAAGGACAAUGAAUGCUGCUGUCUGAGCUAGAUAAAGGAUUUCCAGACAUGUCCAACCAACAGCGGCUCGUCCAGCUCUCCGGAGCGUCUCUGGCUGUGGUCUUCAGUCCAGACGAGGAGAGUUUACGCGCCGCCGAAGGGAAACCCAACGCCUGCGCUCCGAGCGGCCAGGAGAUCUUUGCUGAUUUUAAAGCCCAAAACUCGCGUAGUUUCUGGAAUAAGAGACUCGUUAAAGCCAUUGCUGAGGUUUACUUCCAGGGAUGGAUGGAAAACUUGGUGCUUUUCAUUCAUGGGAACGCAAACAACUUGGAGGUGCUGAGGGAAGCGUGGAUGCGCAGAGCUCUGAGGUCACCAAAGGGAUUCAUUAUUAAAGCUGUUGGUGACCUCUCGCCGGUGCAGAUGUCCUCAGUUCCUCAGUCGCAGUUUAUUCCCCUGGCUGAAGUGCUGUGCUCUGUCAUCUCUGACAUGAACUCUGCCCAAAUCACAGUCACGCAGGAGGCACUAGUCAACUACAUGAGUAAAGCCCAUCCAGGGAUAACCAUUCCCACUCAGGACAUUCUGCACAACGCCCUUGGAACUUUGAUUAAGGAGCGCAAGAUUUACCACACAGGUGAAGGCUAUUUCAUCGUUACGCCUCAGACCUACUUCAUCACCAACAACAUGGUCAGAGAGAAAAACUGGUGGACAUCGGGUUCAACGGAUGACCCUCCAUUGGCCCCUCCUGUUACUUACCUUCUAAGCAACGAAGUCUGUGUGGAGAGCACUCAAACAGUCCCUGUAGCCCAUUGCAGGUCAUGCAGCUGUUUUAGCCCUCACCAAAGUUCCUCCACCACUGCUGUCACAGCUGAAACAACCACUGUCCCUCCAUCCACUGUUCCUGACCAGCAUUCUGUGUCUGUGUCCAUAAGUGAAUGCACGGGAAGAAGCUUGAAGUGGCCCCGGGCGUCAGAUCAUAAACCGUCAGUGCAGCAUCAGUCGACAUCGACGGCUGCUGAUUGUCAGGCUAGUGAGAUCAGCAAAACAACUGCAACUACAAAUGCCACAAAUCGGAAAGAGAAGGAUAAAACCGGGAGAAAGUUUGGUCUCAGCUUAUUUAGGAGGAACGGUGGUAAGAAGGAGAAGCCGAAGAAGGAGUAUGCAUCAUUUUCAGGCCAGUUCCCCCCAGAGGAGUGGCCCGUGAGGGAUGAGGAAGACUUGAACAACUUGCCCCGAGACCUGGAGCAUGCCAUCAUCAAACGCAUCAAUCCUGAACUGACAGUGGACAACCUGACACGCCACACAGUACUAAUGAAGAAACUGGAGGAGAGAAGGGAAAGGGGAGUGGACAGGAUUCUUGAUCGAGGUCUGGACGAUAAAGACAAGGGAGUUGACAAGGGAAUGUCCACCGACAUGCUAACUUUCUCCAAACACAGGCAUCACCAUUUGUCUAAAACAGGUGGAGGGAAAAGAUCGUCUCAGAAAGCUAUGCGCAGCAAAAGGAGGGUCCACUCAUCUCGAGAAAAGCAAAGGGAAAGAGACAAGGAGAAGGUGAAGAGCAAAGCUCUUGUAUGCUCUGACAUUUGUCCAGAUGAGGAGGAUUUGAUUCCAACUCGCCUCAGGGGAGAAAUCCCUGCUGACCCUCUAAAUCAAUUGGAGGUGGCUGGGAAUCCUGAGGGAAAGUCUCUUUAUAAGAAACGCAUUGAUAAUCCUUUCCAGACCCAUCCAGUCAAGGAUGCUGAAAACAUAACUGCCACAAACAGGGAGCACAGAAGACGAGAGAUCAAAGAGGGCAAAGCAUCUGGGUGUGGAAGAAAGGAGCGAAACAGUCACCGCUCUAAGUCAUGGGACCCUCAUCGGGCAAAACUGAUGGCAGCAGAUGAGGAGAGUGGCCUGAAAUCCCCCUCAUAUGAGGACCGAAACGAAUGCGACCAAGAAAGGGAUUUUGUGGUCGAACACCUGCUCCAGCCGGACAAGAAGCUCAUUAGAGAGCUUGGUCUGGACUAUAGCUCUGCAUAUCUACAUGGCAGCACGCUCAGGAUAGAUGACAAGGUUAGGCACCAAGAUGAAGAAAGCAGUAAGGAAAUUUGGGAGAAAGAAGUCAAAACUUUUCAGGAAAUGUUGGAGUACAAAUCUAUACCAGAACAAAACAGAAUGCAAGGUGAUAGUGUCACCAACAUCCAGCAUCACUCCAGUAUGAAUACUGUCACCCCUACCUACCCUUAUCAGCUCGUUGCAAACCCUGCACCUGAUCCAGAUCUACUGUGGCCUAAGCCCUCCUUACAGCGAAAACAUUCUCUCAGACUCUCAGACCAACAAAGAGAUGAUCAUCUAAAGCCAAAGGAGCUCUCUGUGACUGCUGAGGAUAGGCAGGGGAGUCAAUCAGACACCACAACCUUCCACCACAGUGAGGUUCUGGAGCUGACGCCUGAAAAGUCUCCACUAACAGGAAACAGUGAUAGUUUUAUUGAAGAUGACUGUAGGCUCUAUCAGACAGCAGAUAGACCAGAGGAGGAAGACACCUGCAGUUCCCUGUGUCUGAACACUGAUGAGUUGAUCAAUCCGAAUAAUUACCGAACCGGUUUAAUGAACUAUCACGGCCACCAGCGGAUUUACAAUAACCAUGAAUCUACAAUGCAUCAACAUUCCCAUUAUAAAGUUAUGCUUCAACAAUCAAAAGCUGCCUGCAAACAGGACUCAACGGGCAGCAUUUUAAAAGACCUGAAUCCUCCCACAAACCAUAGGGAAGUUGCUCUUAUAUCCAAAAGACAAGCAGAGAGCAACUGGAGACAGCAAACCCAAAGAGCCAGGUCACCAGGAGCAUUCUGCGAUCAAAGUGCUGUUAUAUGUCCAUUUGACCAGAGGGAAAAGGAAUGUGGAUCUAUUGUGGAUGCAGACUGUUUAGAAGCAUGUGAAGGUGCAGACAGCAGCAUCUUUGACUACUGCCAGGCCAGCGAGCUUGAAUCGGACUCAGAGACUGUCCGAAAGUCAGCUGAUGAGGGAGACGGCGAGUCUGGGCACUGGGCUGUGGAGGAAGUGCAAAAGGAUGGAUUUGAUGAGAACAGUGUUCCUCAGACCCACAAAAUUAUCCAAAACACGUCCAUUGGAACCAGAAGAGCAGAGGAAAUGGAGAACCAGAGCAUCACUGGGGACAGUGGUAUUGACUCCCCUCGGACCCGCGUCAGCCUUGCAUCCAGCAACACUGUUAUCCUUGAAGGUCUCAAAAGGAGGGGCUUCUUGCAGAACCUGGAGAAACUGCACUCAAAGAGCAGCACCAUCCGACCCCAGAGCUCACUGCUGCAGCUCACUCCUGUCAUGAACGUAUAGCGGGACCUUUGUUCAAGCAAUGCACCACACUUCUCUGAGAUGCAUUAAGAGAAUAGAUGAGGGCGCGUAAUGUGCUCCCUACCUCCACAUACUGACAACCAUAACAACCCAGUCUGUGUUAAAAUGUAUGAUACAACUAAUGUAAAUACUUUCCAGAGGAAUGUGUUUAGAUAUAUCCAAACUUGUGUAUGUCUGAUUAUACAGUUUGCAUUCUAUGCAAUAUAAAGGGCCUUAUUUUCAUUCUCUGAUUGUUUAAAAUGUGUAGAGAAACAAUAACCUGUCUUGAUUUUCCACCUUUUAUACAUGUCAUGAGUCUCACAAAUAAAAUUAUAUAUCCUCCAAAAUGUUUUAUUACAUUAUAUAGUUAUGUCUGUAUGAACCUUAUUUAGAACUUUUUUACACGUUUUAAUUAAUAAAGCUGCUAGACUUUAGGUGUUAUUAAGUUAAACCAGCAUUAGUGACUAAUUUAAAUAAGGACCUUUAAGACAACGACUUCUCUGUUAAUUAGGAUAGGGAAGGAUAAUUGUCACAUUGUUUAUGAUUAUCAGGUAUUUCUUUAUCCUUGUAGGAAUUGUGUCUUUUAACGAUAGUUAACUGCGAAUUUUGCAAACCUUCAAAACUAAAAGUAUUGUUGGUAAUUUUUUAAGAUUUUCUGCUUUUAGUUCCGAAAAGGCAGCAAUAAAUAACUAUCUUUAAAUGUG